AAAGCACACAAUACCAUAAAAGUAAAUAGGCACAUCACAUGCGUAGGGAAAAUUAUUUCGCGAUUAUUUUCUGAUCCUCUGGCAUUCAAAGAAGCUUCUGCAGCACCAAGCUUUUUGCUACCUGCCCCAGCCUGAGCUACUACAGGCCUAGUUGCACCUACACCUUUUCCCACUCACUAGUAAACACCCCUGGACCAUCUGCACCAAUCUGAAAUGAUGGACAUACUCAAGCCCAAUUGCAGUGCUCCAGAAGCCAAGUACCAGUAUCAGCUCUUCCCAGCGGUCUACAGCAUUGCUUUGAUUCUGGGACUACCGGGUAACCUGGCUGCCUUGUAUUUCUUUAUCUCCAAGAUCACUUCUCGCGUCUCCUCCUUCAGUGUGUUCAUCAUAAAUCUAGCUCUGGCAGACACAGUGAUACUCUGCACCUUACCCUUUCGCAUCCACUACCACAUUAAUAAAAACAACUGGGUGUUUGGAGACAUAGCUUGUCGCGUCACAGGGGUACUGUUUUACGCCAAUAUUUACAUGAGCAUCUGCUUUAUGACCUGUAUCUGUGUGGACCGCUAUAUAGCCACUGUACACCCGCACACCUAUGUGAGACAUCGCAACUCCUGCUGUUCUGUUGCAGUGAGUGCUGCACUCUGGGGAGUCACUGGAGUUUCUGUGUUGGCCUUUAUCCUCAUGGGACCAUUAGAAACCAAACCGGUCAAUGGGUCCCUUCGCCGUAGCUGCUUUGAAAACAUGGCCCAGGACGAGUGGGACAGACGUCUUGCACCAUACAGUCUGCUGGGCCUGGUGUUUGGCUGUCUGCUGCCCUCUGUGAUCAUCCUGGUGUGCUACCCACUAGCUCUGAGGCGCAUCUCUGCAAUAGGAACGAAAACGGCCUCCAGAGCUGUGAGAGUCAUCUACACCAUAAUGGCCAUCACUGUACUCUGCUUCCUGCCAUACCACGUGGUUCACUUCCUGCACCUGCUUCGACGACUGGGGGUCAUCCAGGACUGCACCAGGGCCAAUGCCAUCUACGAUGCCAGGCGGGUGACCAUGGCCCUCAUCAUCCUCAACACGUGCCUGGACCCCAUGCUUUACUGCGUCACUACGAGUCACUUCAAAUGGAAAUCUUUUAGGUUCAACUGGCUCUGGUACAGAGUUAGGAGGAGCAGGGAGGUAUAUACCAUUGCAGUAAGCUAGGUGAAUC